AUGGCUAGUCCCAACGUUCUUACCUUUGAUGCUGAGGGUCGAGCGGUAGACUUUGAGGUCUGGAUAAAUGAUCUGCAGCUUUUCCUGCAGUGCGAUAGCAAAGACGGCCUCUCACUGUUCGAUCUCACGUCUGGUGCCUCUGCUGCCCCUGCUGCUGAUGCUGCUAGUACUGUUCGCUCGGUCUGGACCACGCGCGAUGCUGCUGCUCGCCUUGCUGUGCGUAGUCACCUGCCCUCCUCUGAGCGCGCGCACUUUAGUCAGUACAAGAGUGCUAGCACUCUGUACACUGAUGUUGUUGCACGCUACUCCUCCCUUGCCACUGCUGCCCUUAGCCGCCUCAUGCUGCCGUACCUGGACCACUUCCUCUCCCUCUGCCCCACCACGCUCACCGUUGACCUCCUCGAGGAGCACCUCCUUGCAGCUGAGAAGAGUAUAGUCGCUGUAGGAGCCUCUCGUGGUGACCCCCGUGCCCCUUUCUUUGAGGGGUGCUCCCCCGUCCCUCUUUUGCCUUCUGUUGCCUCUGCUGCUGCUGUCGACCUCGAUGGCACCGAGUCGGUCGGCACUGCGUCUGCCCCUAGUGGCAAGCGCCGCAACAGCAAGGGCAAGUGGGGCAAGGGGGGUGGAGGGGGCGGCGGGGGCGGCGGUAGUGGCGGUGGAGGAGGAGGAGGAGGGGGUGGGGGUGGAGGUGGGAGUGGUGGCGGGACUGGGGGCUUAGGUGGCGGCGGUGGAGGUGGAGGCGGCGGAGGCAGCGGGAGUGGGGGUGGAGGUGGCGGCGGCGGCGGAGGAGGUGGGGGUGGCGGGGGUGGUGGUGGGCAGCGGGGAGGCUCUAGCGGUGGCCAGCGCCAGCAGCAGCAGCGCUCCCGUGAGACCCCGUCGCCUCAGCAGCUACGUGAGUGUGGAGAGACGUGCGGAGGCCCGCACACCACACCACGCUGCUUCGGCCGCCUGACUGACGCCUGGCGCACUCAGUUCCCUGGCUCCUCGGAGAUCCCUCGCUGGGAUAUUCUGCUUAAGUCGGGGGUUGCUAUCUUUGAUCUUGAUUAUGAUGCUAUCCUUGCUGCUAUGUAUGCUGUGUCUAUUAGUGAUGAGGGUGACUGUUACCUGUGUGUUCCGCCCGACCCGGGCAUUAAGUCUGCUGCUCCAGGUGCUGGUGAGGCUGCUCCAGGUGCUGGUGAGGCUGCUGCUCUAGGUGCUAGUGAGUCUGCUGCUCCAGGUGCUGGUGAGGCUGCUCUCUCAGGUACCGCGUCGGCUCAGGUCUUGCACACUUUCACCCUUGACUCGGGUGCCUCCCGCUCCUUCUUUCGCGACUGCACCACCCUCUCGCCGCUCAGUCGGCCGGUGGCAGUCUCUCUGGAUGACCCCUCUGGGGGACCAGUUGUGGCCCGUUCCUCCACUGUCCUCCCAUGUCCUGCUGUUCCGUCCGGCUCGCUGUCUGGUCUUCACCUCCCCUCGUUCUCUACGAACUUGGUGGCGGGUGCUGAUCUUCAGGAUGGGGGUGUUCACCAGUUCACCCCUGCCCACCAGCGUGUGACGCACUGCACGUGUGCUCGGACGGGUCGUCACCUGGCCACGUUCACCCGUAGGCCAGGGUCCAGCCUGUACACCCUUACCACUGAGUCUCCUCCUCGUCAGGUAGCCGCGUCGGGUCAGGUGUUUGCUGCAGUGUCCUGGUCUGGCCCUGAGUCUGCCCCCUGCUCGUGUCGCCUCCUGGCCCACGAGACUCUUCUUUGGCACCACCGCCUUGGUCACCCCUCCCUGCCUCGUCUUCGAGGCAUGGCCUCCCGUGUCCUGGUCUUGGGUCUUCCUGAGUCCCUCCCUCCCCUUCCUCCGGGGCCUGCCCCUACCUGCGUUCCCUGCGUCGAGGGUCGGCAACGCGCCGCUCCUCACUCCUCCGAGUUUCCUCCAACAGAGGCCCCACUGCAGACUCUUCACAUGGACGUGUGGGGCCCAGCCCGCGUCCGUGGACAGGGUCACGAGCGUUACUUCCUGCUGGGCGUUGACGACUACUCGCGUUACACCACAGUCUUCCCCUUGCGCCGCAAGGGUGAGGUCACUGAGGUGUUGAUCGACUGGAUCCGCGCUGCUCGUCUCCAGCUCAGAGAGAGUUUCGGCUCGGACUUUCCUGUUGUGCGUCUGCACUCAGACAGAGGUGGAGAGUUUUCCUCCGACCUUCUGCAGGCCUACUGUCGGGCGGAGGGCAUCCGCCAGACGUUCACGCUUCCGGCCUCUCCACAGCAAAAUGGGAUUGCCGAGCGCCGCAUUGGCAUGGUCAUGGAUGUCGCUCGUACGUCCAUGAUCCAUGCGGCUACUCCCCAUUAUCUGUGGCCGUUCGCGGUUCAGUACGCGGCGCAUCAGAUCAACCUUCAGCCCCGGGUCUCCAUGCCGGAGACCUCCCCCACUCUGCGGUGGACGGGGAAGGUUGGCGAUGCGUCUGCGUUCCGUGUCUGGGGAUCUCGAGCUUUCGUCCGCGACUUGUCGGCGGAUAAGCUGUCCUCCCGUGCCGUUCCCUGCGUCUUCCUUGGAUUCCCCCCUGACGCGCCUGGCUGGCGGUUUUACCACCCCACCUCGCGCCGUGUUCUGUCCUCUCAGGACGUCACGUUUGACGAGUCGGUUCCCUACUACCGUAUCUUCCCCUACCGCACUGCCGCCCUCCCCCCCCCGCCGCUCUUCCUCGCGCCAGGUCCUCCCCAGGUUGACCCCCUCCCCCCUCAGGGUCCUGCCCCCUCAGGUGUGUCCCAGGUAGACGCAGUCGAGCCUGUCGAGGUAGCUGUUGACUCUGGUGCUGGGUCUGGGGGUGCUGAGCCUGAGCGUGCGGAGCCUGGGGGUGCAGAGCCUGGGGGUGCUGAGCCUGGGGUUGCUGAGUCUGGGGGUGCUGAGACUGGAGGUCCUCCGAGUGCCCCGUUGCGGCGGGAGCCUCUCUCUCCACGGCAGCUUCGUGAGUGGUACGCUCGGCGCUGUAGCCGUGCUGCUGGAGCUAGGGGGCCUACUGCUGGAGGUGCUGCUGGUGCUGGGGCUACUGGAGGUGCUCCUGGUGCUGGUGCUGGAGCUACUGGAGGUGCUGCUGAUGCUGGUGCUGCUGGAGGUGCUGUUGGUGCUGGAGCUGCUGGAGGUGCUGCUGGUGCUGGACCUACUGGAGGUGCUGCUAGUGCUGGAGCUGCUGGAGGUGCUGCUGGUGCUGGAGCUACUGGAGGUGCUGCUGGUGCUGGAGCUGCUGGAGGUGCUGCUGGUGCUGGAGCUGCUGGAGGUGCUGCUGGUGCUGGACCUACUGGAGGUUCUGCUGGUGCUGGAGCUGCUGGAGGUGCUGCUGGUGCUGGAGCUGCUGGGGCCGCUGGCCCUGGAGGUGCUCGUACUGGAGGUACUGGAGGUGCUGCGGGAGUUGUAGCUGGAGACCCUGGAGCUGAGGGUACUGGUGCUGUCUCUGCUGGUUCUGGAGGCGCUGCGCGGCCGCAGCCGUACUUCAUUCCGCUCUUUCAGCAGGUUCUUGGUCUCCCGCCUGCUACUGGUCCUACUCCCUCUUUAGCCUGUCCUCUGCCUGUCCAGUCGCAGUCACAGUUACAGCCUGCCUCGCCACUCCCUGGUCCUUCUCCCUACACUGGUCCGACAGGAGGUCUUACGGAGCGUCGUGAGCCUGAGUCUCGUCCUGCGUCGCCUGAGUCUCGUUCUGCGUCGCCUGUUCGUGCUGCUCGCACUGGUCGUCGUGUUCCGCGUCAGCGUCCUCCUGCUGUCCCCGGCACACACCGGAUGUCGCUUCGUCCUUCCACUGCUCCACAGCGUGUCCCUCUGCAGUCUCCUCCCGCGUCCUCUCUUCCUGACGUCCCUGACCCGCCGUCAGACCUUGCUCGCGCUGCCAGUCCUACUGUCACGCGUCUUCUCGCUACUGUUGUCACUGACCCUUCCUUUGAGACUACGUCUGCGUCGGCUCUUGUAGCUGAGCUUGUCGACUUUGCUGCUCACUGUCGUCUCGACUACGCCGCUAGUCUAGUUGCUGAGUCUGAGUCUGUCUGUCCUCCGUCCGUCGGGGGUGAGUGUGCUCUUGGCACGGACGUCCUUGAGGACAGGCAGGAGGAGUUUGAGUGCUUUGCCGCUGCUUUAUCUCAUCUCGUGUCCAUGCUGAUUGCCCCUGAGGGAGACCCGGAUGCACCAGACAUCCCGACCCCGCGCUCUUACGCAGAGGCGAUAGAGGGUCCAUACUCCUCUCAGUGGCUGUCAGCCAUGGACGCAGAGAUGGCUUCUUGGAAGUCCACAGGCACCUACGUCGUCGAGGUUCCCCCGCCUGGGGCGAACAUCGUCAGUGGCAUGUGGAUUUUCAGGGUGAAGCGGCCGUCGGGUUCUCCGCCUAUCUUCAAGGCGCGUUACGUUGCACGAGGCUUCAGUCAGCGUGAGGGAGUUGACUUCUUCCAGACCUUCUCCCCUACCCCGAAGAUGACCACUCUUCGGGUUCUGCUGCACGUCGCCGCUCAGCGUGACUACGAGCUUCACUCUCUUGACUUCAGCACUGCUUUCCUACAGGGCAGCCUGCACGAGGAGAUCUGGCUGCGCCGCCCACCUGGCUUCACUGGGUCGUUUCCUCCUGGUACCCAGUGGAGCCUCCGGCGGCCUGUCUACGGUCUCCGCCAGGCACCCCGUGAGUGGCACGACACACUGAGGACGACUCUUGCUGCUCUUGGGUUUGCUCCUUCUACUGCUGACCCGUCGCUGUUUCUACGCACCGACACCACUCUGCCGCCGUUCUACGUUCUCGUGUACGUAGACGACCUGGUCUUUGCUACUGCUGACACGGAGGCACUCGCCCACGUGAAGUCGGAGCUGCAGAAGAGACACACGUGCACAGACUUGGGUGAGCUGACAAGCUAUCUUGGCUUGCGGAUCACCCGGGACAGAGCACAGCGCACCAUUACCUUGACUCAGUCACACAUGGUGCAGCAGGUCCUUCAGCGCUUCCGCUUCACGUACUCCUCGCCACAGCCCACUCCUCUGCCUACCCGCCACUCGCUCUCAGCUCUGCCUUCGGAUGAGUCCGUAGAGCCGAGUGGCCCGUAUCCAGAGCUUGUGGGCUGCCUCAUGUACCUGAUGACCUGCACUCGACCUGACCUAGCCUACCCUCUUAGCAUCCUAGCACGCUAUGUUGCUCCUGGCCGACACAGGAAGGAGCACAUGGAUGCUGCUAAGAGGGUGUUGCGCUACUUGUGCAGUACGUCGGGCAUGGGGCUCGUGCUUGGAGGACGGGCUCGAGUUGUCCUCACUGGUCACGCAGACGCCUCUUGGGCUGACGACCUGGCUACUCAGCGGUCGUCACAGGGUUACACCUUCAGCCUUGGUUCGGGCUCUGUUUCGUGGCGGUCUACCCGCUCGUCUUCUGUUCUCGGCUCCAGCUGUGAGGCCGAGAUCUACGCAGGGGCCAUGGCUGCACAGGAGUUACGCUGGCUCACCUACCUGCUGACCGACCUGGGAGAGCCGCCUCGUUCUCCUCCAGUGAUGUACGUAGACAACAAGGCCAUGCUGGCCUUGUGUCAGGAGCACAGACUGGAGCACAGAACGAAGCACAUUGCUCUUCGCUACUUCCUUGCACGUGAGCUGCAGCAGCGUGGCCAGCUGCGCCUUGCUUACGUGGCCUCUCAGGCCAACACUGCUGAUAUCUUUACCAAGGCACUUCAGCCUUGUGAUCAUCAGCGGUUCUGUACUAUGUUAGGUCUUGUGCCUACCUGGCCUCACUUGCUUACCUCUUGA